GUAUUACGAUAAUUGUUAUUGUUGUAGCUUGUGUUUAAAAUGACAUGAAAAUGUUUCUAAAUAAAGUACAUGACCAGAAAGUAGAAUUACUGCGUGCCGUGUUUCGUAAUAUGUAUUUAAAAGAAAAAUGUGAUUACUUAGAUAGUGAAUGCAAGAUGUUGGCUGAUCACGUUCUGUCAAGUCAAGUGACCAAAGCUGAACAAAGUGAGCUAAUAAUUGCUCUAGAAACUGAGUUGUGUAGUUUACGACAAAUUCACGAUCAAAAGCUCCACGAACUAACCAUAGCUCAGGAACAUCUGGCUUCAAUGUCAAUGAUGCUAGAAAAUACGCAAUCAUACAUACUUACUUCUUUAAACGAAAAUAAAUCUAUGAAUGAAGAAUUAGAAAUUAAAGACGACAUGAUAAAGUGUCUUCAGGAAGAAUUAGUUCACGUCCGUUUGCAGGCUGCAGAACAAUGGGCUCUUAUCCGCGAAUUAAGACAGAUAAAAGACGAACUAGAAAAAGAUAAAGAAAUGUUGACAAAGACGAAACCCGAAACGAUUUCACGAUUACAGGAAAGACUUAUGGAAUUUAAGGUAGUGGAAGCCCAGUUUGGUCUAGAGCUUGAUAAAAUUAAACAACUGACGCAACAAAUUAAAGCAGAAGUUGAGUUGCAUAAGAAACAAGUCGAAAAAGAGAAAACUACAAAGGCAGAAGGCAAUGUGCUACUAUCCAAGAAAGGAGUUAUAUGGAAAACUGGCGAAAAUAAUACCGAAAAAACAGAAUUAAAAGAAGAAAUACAAAAAUUGGAAAGCGAAAAAUUGUAUCUUCAAAGCAGGAUACCAAGUCUACAAAAUAAGAUAGAAAUUUUAAACAAACACGCAGAAUACAAAGAAGUAGAGAGACGGAGGCUGCAGGAAAAAUUAGAUAGUUUUAAAGUAAAACACCAGAGUAUAGAAAAUAUUACUUCAGAACGAAGGAGACAAAUCGAUCAUCUUAAAAACAGUGCCUCUGAAAAGGUUUGUGCAAUACGUAAUAACACGGCAGAAAAAAAGCAGAGUAUAGAGGAACUUUCAGAAAAGUUGCAAGAAUUGUCUGAACGACGACAGAGCUUUACAGGUCGUAUUAGAAUAAAAGAAACAACAACAGUUCAGACAUUAGAACAACAAAUUGUAAUAUUAGAAAACAGAAUGAGCCAGUUGAAGUCUGAGACCGUAAAACUAUGUUCAACAAAUCGUCAGAAUGAAAUAAUGUCUGAUAAUAUGUAAUAAGAACAUUGUUCAUUGUUCCAUACCAGUAUAAGUAAAAUGUUUUUUAAGUCGAA